UCUUUUUCUUUAAGCUGAUUACAAAUUCACAAUUGACAGCCGGUGGAUCCGAGGUAGCCAAAGUGAGCAUACAAAUUCAGGGGCAGAACCGUCUUUCCGGCCACGGUCGUCCAUCGGUUUUAGGCCGACCCCCCAGAGCGGCAGAGCCCGCCCCCUCUUCCGUCCCAAGUCCCAACUCCCAAGUGGCCAAGUCCCAACCCGACGUCCGACGACCCCCACCUCUCCUUCUCCUCGCUCCGACACCUACGCACAUACAGUACGUACGUGCUAACCGUGCUUUUACCGCGCGGGAUGGGCGCGAAGGGGAUGGCGACGGCGGCGGGGACGGCGGUGCUGCUGUACCUGGUGCUGUCAGGCCGGCUCUGCGGGGACGCCGCCGGCGACGGCGGCGCCCUGGAGGACCAGCUGAUAUCGUCGGCCCUGGAGGCUCGGCGACGAAGGAAAGAGGACACCAGGGCGCGGCGGGAGCAGCGGCGUGCUCCGCCUCCGUGCACCAAGCGGCGGUGGCCGGAGCGCCCCCCGGACGGGUGGGGCGAGGCGGCCGCCUUGACCGCGCGCACUGUGGGCUUCACCUGGGCCGAGACGCUCGGCAAGUGGACCCUCGGGGAGGUCGCCUUCGGGAUCAAGUACUAUAUGCGGCAGCAGGGUAAUCUGCAGCAUGAGUAUGCUGGAAGUGAUUCUGUGCUACUGGAUGGGGCUGAGGUGAGGCAGGUACUGAUUUCGCUGCUCAGAUAUCUGAAGCAGUGCAUGUAUUUCUCGAAGAAGCCAUACAACGUGUUUUUGGAGUAUGGUGGUUAUGGCCAUAAUGACGUGCUUAUAAGAAAGCCUAAGGCGAGGCUCUUGAAGCCAGCUUUCACAAUUGUUCGAGACAGAAGUAGCCAAUGCUUUCUCCUUUUCAUCAGGGGGGCUAUCAGUGUUAAGGAGCGGUUGACAGCAGCAACAGGCACAGAGGUUCCAUUCCAUCACGUUGUGGUCCAGGAAGGUCGUGUUUCCAACCUAGUGUUGGGCUACGCCCACUGUGGAAUGGUUGUAGCAGCUCGAUGGAUUGCAAGGCAAGCCAUUCCUGGCCUGAGUAAAGCAAUCGAGCAAUUCCCAGAAUAUGAGGUUAAGGUCAUUGGCCAUUCAAUGGGAGCUGGGAUUGCAACAAUACUAACAUACAUCCUACGCGAGAAUGAGAAGCUGUCAUCAUCUACUUGUAUUGCAUUUGGGCCAGCUGCUUGCAUGACAUGGGACUUGGCUGAGUCGGGUAAAGACUUUGUUACCACCAUAGUUAACAGAAACGACCUAGUGCCAUCUCUUGGCAUAGUUUCUGCUGCCAAGCUUCGUAUAGAGGUUAUGUCAUCGUCUUGGGCACAUGACCUUGGCAGACAAAUUCAGCAGACUAGGUUCUUAGGUUUUGUGAACCGUUCUGUGAGUUUCAUAAGAUCCCAUGUGCCCUUUGUCUCUGAUCCAAGAUCUAAGGUUGUGGAUGUAGACAUGCUGCAAUCCCAGAGUCCCGAGGCUGGGAGUAAGCCUUCAGCAGAUACUCAUGCUGUGGUGAAGAAACGCCCUGCACUAGUUUGCUGGUCAUAUGUGGCUACACCCAAUCCCAAACAGAGUAUGGAAUCGUCAAUACAAAUGCAGGGCACGGAAGUCCAAACCGACACUGCUGUCGAAACUGAGAAAAAUUCUGAAGCGGCAGCUGCUGAGCUAGUCUCAAUCCAUCUUGGUGAACUGAACAUUCAAGAAUCAGACAAGGACGAUGACAAGAGAGGGGAAAAGGGUUCAGAAACAGAUGAAGAAGAGACCAUGGAGAUUCUAGAGUCCUUGGCCGACGAGAAGCACAUGCCAUCAUCGUCAAGCUUUGCUCAAGAGCCACAGCAGCUGUACCCCCCAGGGAAAAUACUGCACAUGGUUGGAUUGGCAGCAGCGGAAGUGGCAACCACAAGUCAGCAAGGAGCCCAGGAGGAGGUCGUCGCCCUGUAUGAGACACCCCGGCAUUUGUACAGUAAGAUUCGCCUGGCGAGGUCCAUGAUAGGAGAACAUUACAUGCCCAAGUACAUCAAGACAAUGGAGAAGCUGAUACACAAGCUUGCAGAGGACCAGCUGGACUCUUUGUAGCAUCAACAGUGUGUAUAGGAUAAUUAUUGUACAGAUCAUGAAAAUGAAAAUCAUUCUUUCAGAUUGCUUGUGCGUAAUGGUGGUUUGGAAUUGGUCUGUUUAUCUGCUGUCAUUUCACUUUGGUAGGCACCCCACCCCAGGAAGAGCUCAAAGAGCUGACCCUGGUGAUGGUCUCUGUAAUUUUAACAGAAGCAGUUUUCUUACAUGUGAAUAUUAUUAUCUGGUAUCAUUAGGUGAGGACUAACAAUGUUUAUA